AUGAGAGAGCACCUUACUUUAGCCUCAAAGUAUGGGCUCGACAAUUUGUUGCGGACGACUUUGGUCAGAGCUGAAGGGCAUUACAUUACGGUGGCUCAAGCCUUGGUGGGACAGUCUGGAAUUGUCAAUGAGCUGACGAUUCCAACGAUGAGAAAAUUGGCUGAUCGAUUGUGCACUGGAUGGUCGUUGAUUAAUUGGAAAAUGGCCGAAAGGUAAGCUUAUUUUAGGUCGUAUUUUAGAAGAAUACGGUUGAAUAGAGAAUAUAGGUCGUGAUUGACGUUAUGCUGAGGGAUUUUAUGGCUUUUUACGUAGAAAUUAGAUAUUUUUUAAUGAUCAAUUGUAUUUUUUUUAAGUCUGUCCUCAUAACUAUUAAGACAAGCUGCGUUGGGAUGUAGCCUGACUACGUCGCUACGCGACUCGUCAGCCUACAUUCCCAACGCGGGUGUGCGCGCAAAGCGCCACCAAAUUAGCCUAAGCAGCUAAGCCUAAGCAGCCUAAGCGGCUAAGCAAACUAAGCCUAAGCGCCUAAGCGGCUAAGCAGCCUAAGCAAACUAAGCCUGAGCUAAGCCUAAGCAGCCUAAGCGGCUAAGCAAACUAAGCCUAAGCCUAUGCGCUAAGCACCGCGCAGUGCACCUUAUAAACUCACAGUGAACCUUCUCACUGCACAGUGCACUCGCAAAAACCCGGAGAAAAUAAAAAAAUUUCGAACCCGCGCGAACCCAACCUAAAUCGCCCUCGGAAAAAUACUGGGACCCGAAAUCGACGAGAAAGCUAGAGAAAUUUUUGCUCUCUCACGAAAAUGCAAACUCAACUUUUGCCACGCCCCUUUUUCCACGUUGCGACACGGUUUGCACAGUGCAAUCUUGCCAAACGAAGCCUUUUCCCACUUGCACCGUGCAAAAUUUGUUGGCGGAGUGUCGCAAAAUAUUUUGCAGACACUCCCCUUCGAAACCUGAAAUUUGGAAAAAUUUGCACAGUGCAAUCAACAAAAAAGCCUACGUUCGUAGGCUUUUUUUCAUUUUGCACAGUGCGAAAAACACCCUCCAAACGUUUUUCCAGGCACCCCCUUUUGAUUUUCCCCACUUUCCCCCGAAUGCACCGUGCACUCUGCAUUUUACCCAGUGAGCUAGGCUUUUUCUCCAUUUGCACAGUGCGAAUCCCAAUUUUGGCUUUGUCGCUGCGCGAAUUUUGGCUUUGUCGCUGCGCGACAAAGCAAAAAUCCGCACAGUGCACCCUUUUGAUGUUUUUGCACAGGAGGCCCCCGCGCUCGAGCCCUUUUUGUUUCCGAGAGAGGCACCCAUGGCGCAGUGGUUAGCGCGGAAGUCUGGCAAUCUGAAGUCUCCGGAGGUUCAAUCCCCGGGAAAAAAAUUAUACCACGUUGUAGUACAAUUAGAGGGCCGUCAUAUUUUGGGUUUUUUACCCAAAAGUUUUGACUUUUUUGGGGUGAAAUCAUUAAUGGAAAAUUUGGCCAAAGCUAAAUUCGGCCAGGUCGUAUUUUAGAGAAAUGUAAAGAUUUUUACACGUAUCCUGAUCGAGUUUUUGAUUUCCGAACGAUUGAGCCAGGUCCCGUCUUCGUAUCUCUACUCGUUCAAAAGUUACAGUACUUUUUAUGUUUGCGAUGUUACAGUAACCCGGUUUCAAGAAAUGGCAAAAACGUGUCAACUAAUGUUUUGAAGAGCUAUUUAAACUCAGUAGAAUGCUUUUUGAGGCGGGUGGAUACGAUCAAAAUUGACCGAGAUACGGUAGCUUAAAGUCAAGGUCCUUGUUACAGUAAUCCCUCGCGAAGCGACAGACCUGGAACCGUGAAAUACACCUUGAAAGCCGUGUAAUGACGAGUACUACCAGUGCUGUGAAUUUUGUCUGACGCGACUGCGUCUACGCUGAGAAAAUGGCGAAAAAGCGCCAUACGGCGAAAAAGCUACCGUAACCCACAGUAAGCCGAAAAAAAUCGGCGAGAUAGGACGACUAUGAUACCACUUCUGAUGGUGAUUUUUCAUGUAGAUUCGGAAUCUGGCAUCAGAAUUUGAAAUUUCUUUCAUCUACACACGUAGCCUGAGGGUUGGGAAAAUUGAAAAUGUUACAGUAACCGUAGUUUUGAAUUUAGAUGAAAGAAUCCAAUUAGAAAGUUUAAAAGCAGUAAAAACUACGUCCGAUAAAGAAAGAAUGGUACUCGGCGCUCGCUUCGCUCGCGAGAUCAGUUUGCACAUACCCCAAUUUUACAUCGGAGGUUGUUUGGGAAUCCCGGCAACAUCUGGGGGUGUAACAAUCACUUUAUCGUAUUUAGGAAAGUAUUGCGCAAAAUCCCUGCGAGGCGGAUUUUUGAAUUAGGCCCUCAACUUUGAGAUAAAAAAUCCGUAUUUUAGAAUUGAGAUCCAGAUAUAUGCUGUAUGCAAAUUUUUGGGCAAAAAAAAUUUCAGAUUCGGAGUCAGCAUGAAAAAUGAGUUAGGGUGCAUGAAGGAAACGUGUAAAUAGCUGGUCGUUUUCAUGUCGAAUCGUUUUUGACUUUUCGGAACCUUUCAGUCCGGGAGGACGCAAAAUGUGGGGACGUUAUGCAAAUUUCUGAAACUUUCAGGAAAUUUAUUUGAAGUAAUGUGUGACAAUCGUGACGUAUGCGGAACUUGCAAAAUCGCCAUAAAAAUUCACACUGAAAGCUCAAAAAAGGGGUACUUUUGAAAAAGUCGAUUUUUCGCAAUUUUCAAAAUGACACGCCAACUAUGGUGAAAAAACGAAUACCAUAUUCAGGUGUAGAAUUCCAUUCUACGAACUCUGAAAAAAAAAUCGGCAGCGUAGCUCCAAAAAGAAAGGAGAAAACUCGAUUUUUCAUUACCGACCGGUCAAUAAUGACAGAGACUAAAAAAAUGUCGUUUGGGUAUCACAGAGAGACAAAAAAAUGACGUAUGUAAAAAAAAGUCCAAAAAGUCAACGCUAAGUAAAAAACUCCCUCGGCCCUUAUUAUAAUGGGGUCUGCGGAGCAGGCCGAUCUCGUUUAGAACACCCACCACGAGAAAUGUACGCCGAAUUUUCCUGGACGAAGGUGGCCCAGUGGUCCCAACUGCUAAUCCGACCCUUGAAUCGUUCUAUGGCCUCAAUUCGGACGAUGCUUAUGGGGAUCCAAUCUGA